AUGAAUGAAAUAGUGGUCGAUACACGAGAAAAGAUUAAAAUUUUAAACGAAUAUUUUGCUGAAGUUUGCACGUGGACAGGGUCAAUAAUCGAUUCAAAAACAGCUGAUUGUUUAUCCGAAUCCAAAGUUUUAAUUAAUAAAUUUACGGUAGUACAACCUGAGGCUGAAAAUAUUUUACGUAGUUUGGAUCACAGUCGUGCAUAUGCCCCUGAAAUUACUAAUCGUAUGAUUAAAAAUAUGGCACAGUCUAUUGUUAUACCUGUUUGUAAAUUAAUCUAUGAGUCCUUUGAAACGUCAAUCUUUCCCGGAAUAUGGAAAAAUAGAGUUAUAAAUCCACUUUAG